CCAGUUCAGUCAGCCGGUGUGGACAAAGUAUUCAGGGACCGGAGACGGUGGGACUGGCGGAGAGUAGCACACGAGUUCGGGAUACACGACUUUUUUAAAAGUUGUGUGGAAACAUGGGGCAGCCUCGGGUCAACUUUUUCUGCUUUCUAUUUAUUAUUCGAGUUUUAAUCAGCCUUCAGUCAAAAGAACAUGUGUUGCUAGAUAUGAAAGCUUCUGGGUCAGAGUUGGGAUGGUUGACGUCGCCGAAUGAGAACGGGUGGGAGAUUGUUCAGACGGUGGUGAACAGCUCACUUUUAUACACCUACAGCGUUUGUAAUGUAGACUCUGCUGACCAGGACAACUGGGUACGGACAACUUUCAUUCAGAGACGCCCGGAGAGCAGCCGCGUCUCUGUGGAGCUCCAGUUCAUCGUCCGGGACUGCAACACCUUCGGCGGCGCUUCUGUCACCUGCAAAGAAACGUUCAACCUCUUCAUCUCGGAGGCUGACGCCGACGUGGGAACCAGCUUCCGCAAGGGGCAGUUCCGCAAGGUCGCCACCAUCGCCCCCGAUGAGGUCACAAGAGGCCGGGUGCCGAAGGUCAACACCGAGACGAGGACAGUGGUGCCCCUGUCCAAAAAGGGCUUCUACCUGGCUUUCCAGGACAUGGGCGCCUGCGUGGCCCUGCUGUCUGUCAGGGUUUACUACAAGACGUGUCCGUCCACCGUGCAGAGCCUGGCAGCCUUCCCGGAGACGGUUGCAGAUGCCUUGAGGGAGGUGGAGGGAGUCUGCGUGAAGAAUGCCGUCAGUCAGACCACCCCACGCAUUUACUGCACAGCUGAGGGUAAAUGGGUGGUUCCCGUGGUGCAGUGCCAGUGUCUCCCAGGAUACGAAGCCACAGAAAACUCCUGCCAAGAAUGCAAACCAGGCUACUUCAAGCCGUCUGCCUCCAACGAGUUUUGUCAAGUGUGUCCGGAUAACACCAAGUCGUCUUUAGCCGGUGCAGCCGAGUGUGUCUGUGAGGACGGCUUCUUCAGAUCCCCAUCUGAUCCUCUGACAGCAGCUUGCUCUGCUCCGCCCAGCGCCCCACGCGACCUCACUUCCACCACGCUGUCGGGAGAUGGCCGCCUGCUGCUGUCCUGGAGCCCACCUCUGGAGACCGGAGGCCGCAGCGACCUGACCUACAGCGUGGCGUGUGAGAUCUGUGACGAGUCCCAGUGCGUCGCCUGUGGCGAGAAGAUCCGCUUUGAGACCGGUCCGACAGAACUUAAGGAGCCCGGAGUUGUUGUUAGUGACUUGGAUUCGCAUCACAACUACACAUUCACUGUGGAGGCUCACAGCGGGGUGUCGCAGUACGGCACAGAGAGGGCCACUGCAAGCAUCACCACUACUCUGGAUUAUACAAAUCCCCCCAAGGUGACGUCGAUCCAUCUGGAUGACCGUGGGCCCACCAGUCUGUCUCUGUCCUGGACUCUGUCUCGCAGACCUCCAGCCCACAUCAGUCACCACUAUGAGCUGAUGUACCGCAAAAAAGAUAUUGAGGGAGAGAGCGAUGUGACCACCUACACAGUCCUAAUUCUGGACAAAAACUCUGUCCAGAUUAAUGACCUCACCCCAGAUACGACCUACUUGUUCAGAGUUUUGGUCAAACUGAGUCCUGAAGCUAUGCCUGGCAGCUACAGCAAGGACCAAGCAUUUCACACGUCAGCCUUAGCUGAAUCUCAGACACAAAACAAGCCCACGCUGGUGAUGGGAGCUGUGGUCGGAGUGGCUGUCAUCCUGCUUAUAGUCGUCGCCGUCCUGCUGCUGCGAAGAAGGAGUCUGUGCUCCCGGGGCAGAGGAGGACCUGAAGAUCCCUACUUCUCUACAGAUCAGCUUAAGCCUCUGAAGGCGUACGUCGACCCUCAUACGUACGAGGACCCUAACAUUGCCAUCCAAAAAUUUGUCAAAGAAAUUGACCCAAAUAUUAUCAGGAAGGAAAAAGUCAUCGGUGUCGGUGAGUUUGGCGAAGUGUUUCGGGGCAUGAUGAAGGUUCCCAGGAAAGGAGAAUUGGCUGUAGCCAUCAAGACGCUGAAGCCCGGCUACUCAGAGAAACAGAGGCAGGACUUCCUUAGCGAGGCUAGCAUCAUGGGCCAGUUCUCACACCCAAACAUCAUCCGGCUCGAAGGCGUCGUCACCAAAUUCAAGCAUGCCAUGAUAGUAACAGAAUACAUGGAGAAUGGAGCUCUUGAUACAUAUCUGAAGGAACAUGAUACAGAGAUUCCUCCAUACCAGCUUUUGGGAAUGCUGCGAGGAAUAGCUGCUGGUAUGAAAUACCUCUCUGACAUGAACUAUGUCCACCGGGACUUGGCGGCGAGAAACGUCCUGGUCAACAGCAGCCUGGAGUGCAAAGUGUCUGACUUCGGUCUUUCUCGUGUCUUGGAGGACGACGCCGAGGGCACCUACACGACCAGAGGAGGUAAAAUCCCAAUCCGCUGGACCGCUCCAGAGGCCAUUGAAUAUAGGAAGUUCACCUCGGCCAGCGACGUGUGGAGCUUCGGGAUAGUCAUGUGGGAAGUCAUGGCAUUCGGAGAACGGCCCUACUGGGACAUGAGCAACCAUGAGGUCAUGAAGGCUAUCAACGAGGCAUUCAGGCUUCCUGCUCCGAUGGACUGCCCGUCUGCUAUCUACCAGCUCAUGCUUCAGUGCUGGCAGCACGACCGCUCCAAGAGACCUCGCUUCUCAGACAUCGUCAACAUUUUGGACAAACUUCUGCAGAGUCCAGAAUCUUUGAAAACCAUCGCUGACUUUGACCCACGCGUUUCCAUCCGCCUGCCCAGCACCAGCGGCUGUGACACCACCAUGUUCAGAUCGGUGCCCGAGUGGCUCGAGUCCAUCAAGAUGAGCCAGUACAAUGAAAGCUUUGCUCGAGCGGGGAUAACCACCAUGGACCAUGUGCUCGCCUUGAGGCCUGAAGACAUUAGGAGCAUUGGCGUUCGGUUGCCCGGCCACAUGAAGAGGAUAGCAUACAGCAUCCUGGGCCUGAAAGACGAGACCAGCUCCCUCAGCGUGUUUGCAGUGUGAUCUAAGCAUUCCUUUAAAUCAAAGUGCACUGACCGGCCAUGCCAUUUCACUCAGACCAGGAGGGGACUGAAGGGGGGGAGUGAAACCGAACCACGCUGCAAGGAUUUUUUUUUUUUCCCGUCUUUAUGUGGCCCAACAUUGGAUGAUUAAAGAGGAGCCACCAAGCCACUCAGAAAGGACUGAGAACUGAGCACAUUUGUGUACCAUAUCAUAACAGAGGAUAAUAAUUUAUAUAAAAAAAAAGUCUCAUAUGUUGAACAUAUAUGAUUUCUAUAAUGUAGAUUACAAAAAUGUAUGAAAACAUGCAUAAUGUGAGAGUGCUUGCACUUGUGGUAACUGACUGAAAUAUACCAAGCACUCACCUUUUUCUAUUCUGGAUCCGUCAGCCUUUUUUUCUUUUACUUUCUAUAAUUUGUGUACUUGGUUAUAAAUUUGUAAAUCUCAUUUCACUCAGGGCAAAAAUCACAGAUUCUUAUGUUUUGCAGUUCAUGUCUUCAUCGGAUAUUUUCAUUUGUUUGUUUACAUCAUGUCUUAAUACAACUGUUCACUUUUUAUUUAAUAUUUAUUGUAUUUUAUAUUUAUGUCAUUUGUCAUACAAAAUAACAGAUCUGGUGAAUGUGAGCCCAGCAGUUUUUUAUAUGUUGGAAUAAAAUGUUUGUCGCCAGUA